AUGAACACGUUCCCCUUCGUUCAUGUGAAUCUCAUCCACACGGUCAUGAACCUGGCGGCUCUUGCGCCGUUGAUGGAGCGGUUCGAGGCGGAAUUCGGGACCUUGACCUCUAUUGCCCUCUUCAUCGGCCCCCUGAGCACGAUCCCGGCCAUUCUCUACACCUUGAUCGAACGGUUUCUGUUCAAGGGCAACACCGAAGUUAUGGGAGCUAGCGUCUGGGUCUUUUUGCUCCUGGGUAUCGAGGCGAUCCGAACCUACAAGACGAACCCCCACCUGACGAUUGCGACGUACUCGAUUCCCACGUGGACAACUCCCCUGAUCCUUAUUCUGGUGGUUACGGCGCUCGUUCCCGGCACCAGCUUGCUUGGUCACCUCUGCGGCGUCCUGGUUGGAUAUCUCUUUGGUCUCGGCUACCUCAAGUUCCUCAGCCCACCCGAAAAAGCCCUGCGAUGGAUCGAGUCGAAGCUGAACCUUCUUGGCCGGCUGCCGCACUACGUGAGCGUCGACCAGAAGACUUAUGGUCGAUUCGGCGUCUUACCCACUAACACCCAUGCUGGUGGCGGCAGCGCACCGAUUGCGCUUGUUGGCACGACGCAGAGACUGGGGCCAUGA